GGCAGACAGGACUGCCAUCUAGCAUGCAAAUUACCACUGGGGAGUGUGGCUGCACUUCUCUGGCUGCUCUCAGGCAAUGCUCCUAGGUAGGCUGUGUGCCGGAUGCCAUCCUGGGCGCUGUGUGUUCUUCCUCACUGUUGCGCUCCUGAGUGACGCUGUAGGCCUGGUCCUUUUGUUGCUGGGGAUCUUUGCCACACUGAACUACUGGGACUUUUUAGUCUACACAGGAGCUCUGAUCUUGGCUUUCAGUCUUCUGUUCUGGCUUGCCUGGUACUGCUUCAAUAUUGAAGGGCCUCUUGAGAAGCUGGAUAUAUAGUUUGACCAUGGACCAAAGAAGAAGACUGCAGGUGGCAUGCCACUGUAAACCUGGGGUCGAAAGAGGGCAUCAGAUGCAGCUCCCAUCCAGGGCACCCACUCAAGACCAGGCCCUGUUUAAUGCAAAAGAAACAAAUCAAGAUACUCUUUCUUGGCAGCACAUCUUUUGAGUGGUAUCCACGAAAGACUCAAGACUGCAAUGUCAAGGUUUUCAAAGCACCUACAAGGAUGCCUAUACGUGGCUCUGAAAGCCAGGACUCCAUCUGGAAGCUCAGUACCUUGCACCAGGCCACUGAAAUUGCUGCGGCCACCUCAACUGUUUAUGAAAACCUUGAAAAGCCAUGAAGUUACUUCAGUGGGGCUUUUAUGGAAUAACUCUGUUAUGGGCUUACAUGCCUCAGAGAAGCUCCAGGCUCUUCUCGGUGUCCUUUCCAAAUAAUUGGAGUCAAAGAAAGAAAUCCCUGGGGAGGGGAGGAGGUGGUUUGUUACAAGCACACAUCACAGAGCAUUGCUGCUACUUCUGUCUAAGUCUUUGACUUCUGUGAUUCUGUGAAUCUCU